UUCAGAGCUUUCUCCUCCGACCAUCCACCAUCCGAUUCCCAAGUUCGAUUCCGCUCAGUCUACGAUGGAUGGUAUUCCAUUUCAUCGCUGCUAUUGCCAAACACCGCUAUUUCGACGCCCAACAGUUGCCCCAGGAGUGAUCAUCAAUAGUAACAAGUUUCCCUCGAACAAAGAAAUUACGCGGCAGGUUUUCUUUCCCUACCAUGGGCACCGGAGAGAAGUGAGGAUUUCCCGGAAAUGACCAUCAAAAUAGGAGCGGGAGCUGGCGACUCAAUAAGGGAGGAUGAGAGGCUUUGAAUUUCAGAUGGAAUCACAAGCUAGUUUACAUCAAACAGGAUUAUGGGAAGAAAAACGUUCCCUAGGUCGCCGGGACGACCCUUUCUUCACUUGCCUUAUUUCCCUAUCUGUAUUCAGUACAGCGAAAUAUCGUGAACACCACGACGCUCGUUCUGCCCACUUUGCGAAGGCGCAAUUCACGCCCUUGCGCUCUUCAAUAUGCAUUCAUCGUAGAGGGUUGCGGCCAUUUCCGUCCAUUUGCAAUACGCGAUGAAUAUGUUUAGGUAGUUGAGGAGCUGUGGAAUGGAUUUCACGUUCAAGGGGAAGAUGCAGUGGCGGCUCGGGCUCGUCAACUAUGGCCGAUACAUUUCGUUUCAUCGGUUGCAUUCUGGCGUUUCGACCUCAAGUAACAGACAAUCUCUUACCGUAGUUACUAGUACAUGUAGUACUAGUAACUACGGAUACCGCUUGGCAACCGCUAAGAAUCGAAUAUAGCGUGCUCGUCAAGAGUUUUUCGCCCGCACUGGACGUUACGCCGCGUUGAGAAGGCUUAAUUUCUGGUUUCUGGUAGUCUUGUGACCGGCCCGCCACCGACGACUUGGCAAACUGUAUCACCGCUCAGAUUGCUCGUCAGUGAUAGGGCAGUGACGGGCCUAGAUCUCUGGGCAGGUGAGAAUCAACUGCGACCGAGCCAAGUCGGGUGGGCGGGAAGCAAGUGCUCGGCGCGGUUUCAGCCUCCCGUUCGCUAAACCUCCCAUUCGUUAGAAUAUUGGAAAAAGUUUGAUUAAUGACGAUAAGCAUCUGACGAUCAACGUCAACACCGCCCGUGUUCUACCCUGUGAUCAGUACACAAUCAAUAUGAGGGCGGAGUCUGUUGGUUGCACAGCAACCGCUCAUUCAGUUCCCCCCUCUCGCACCUCACUCACUGGUGAGCUGAAGAUUGGCUUUCCCUCUUGCACGCCCUCCCGUCCGCUUUUUUCUUUUUCUUUUUGGUUUUCAUUGUACUAUGUCAAUCCUCACUUUCAUCUUGGUCCCAUUUUUCCUCUUCAUAUAUCUGUCAUCUCUCGUAGCUGGCCAGGGACAAGGAACGGCGAAGUGUUUUGAUGCGGGGUUGGAUUGGUAUACAGGAAAGGUUGGAGAAACGCCUUGCAAAACAUAUGAACGGCUCCGGCAGAUAUGCAACAGCGGCUUCAGAGUCGGAGCCAUGAAUCCAAAUACUCCCCCGGAUAUCUGUGGCGAUCAAGUUGCUAACUGUUGUUGUAACAACAUUGCCUUUUCACUAUCCAUGUUGUGUUUAACGUGCCAAAAGGGUGUUCAGUCGUCAGGGACUGGGUUUGACGCUGGUAAAGGUGCAUAUCAGAUUUACCUAACUGGCGACCGCAAAACUGGGUUUUGUCAGCCUCAAACGAAUAAAACUUUACCAGCAGAUAUCCAAUCAGCAGUGUGUAACGAGAAGAUAAACAUAUACGAUGAUCUAUAUAACAUUGAUUGGGAUGACGGAAGUUGGUUUUAUAUCUUUAUGUCGCAAACAAUCACCAAAGAUCAAAUUGCGAACCCCAAUAAAGUCUUCACGAAAUGUCCUCAGAAUGCGGUUUCAGUUUCCCCAUCAAAUUCGACAUCAACGUCAGCUUCAGCCACCUCUACCAGCAGUAGUGCUAAUCCCAGCGGAUCUGGGGAAAGCACGACUAUCACUGCUACAGCGGGUUCUCUCGCUUCUCUCAGUACGGGAGCUGUAGCUGGGCUAGCCGUUGGUAUCGCGGUAGCCCUGAUUGCAGCUGCUCUCGCGCUAUUCUUUUGUAUUAGGAGGAAAAGGCGGAUUGAAAGAGAGUCGAGGUACAUUUCUGCGGGUGGAAUUAGAAUUGAUGGGUCGUCGGAGGAUGGUCGAUUAGGAUCACCUCCUGCACCACGACCAUACACUUACGUCCAGGCCGGUACCUCAGAAUACCAUGCUACUCCAGUCAGUCAUGCUAAUUCUGGUGGUUACUUUACCGAUUCAGCCUCCCAUGGAUAUACCUCCACCAACCCACCGAGUACUAUCUCGGGUAAUUCUCAUUCCGGGGCUGCUUCCGGUGCUGGAAACAGCAGUGGAUCUGGAUUAAUCGUUUCCAGUUCUGUUUAUUCUCCGUCUCUCACGUCCCCAUAUUCUGCGAAUAGGACCACCGCUUCACGGUCUACGUCUCAGCCUCAUUCGACUGGUUUGCCUGGAAAGGCGGGUAUGGCGAAUGUGAAUUUGAGGAAUACGAGGUAUAUUCCGCCUAGUCGAAUGGACCCUACGGAGCUGGGUGACUCGGGUCCGGAAAGCGAGAGGCAUGUGGAUGCUGGGCCUCUUGAAGGAGCGGGUUUGGAGAGGAAUGCGUCGGGGAGGUUGCCUCCUGCGUAUGGGGAUUUGGUCCGGGAUGGGUAG